AUGCAGACGUCACUCCUUGCUGCGAUGCUCUGGCUCGGUUUCGCCGCCGCCAAGAAGUGCUCGGAAAGCAACAAAUUGCCCUAUUCCUCGCUAUUUACUUCAACCUAUGAGGACAAGACAACCACCUCAACGUCUCGAAUCACUCUCACCAAAACCCAUACAGAACCGCCGUAUAAGAUCAACACGUCAUCUAAGGCGCCAACUUCGACUUCCGUGACAACGCUCUCGCCUACCUCUGGUUUUGGUACGUCGACCACGCUCUCUACGGUCCCCUUCUCUUCGUACGACCCUACGCCGACCCCAACAAACUUGGUUCAGAACCCAGGGUUUGAAAAUGGUGGUGGAUCUCUUCCCCCGUGGGUCGCAGUAGCCACCCCAAACGGUACUGUGGGCAGUAAUGAUGCUUUCAGCGGCCUCACACAGCCUGGCAACGGUUCGCCAAACGCCGUACGCCUGAAUAUCACUCUCAUCGACAGCGGUCAACAGGCGCCGUUUGCUUCUAUCUCUCAGGCGGUCCCGAUCAGCCCAAACAUAACAUAUAUGAUUGCGUACGACCUCGCACUAACGCUUGCGCAGUCAGACGGCAACGGGAAUUAUGGAUGUCUGUUCUCCAGCUCCCUCGGGGGUACUCUUUUUCAGCAAUUCUUCAUAAGUAGUGUGAGCGGCUAUACGACUUAUAUGAGCACGAUCGUACCGUCUACGACUGAUCCGCUCCUUGUACAACUGCGAUGUUUCUAUGCAAGCGCGGCUCAAGUUGAGCUGGAUAACUUUUACGUGGCAGAAGCAUGA